AUUUCGAUCAGAGGAGCAACUCAUGCGUAAAUCGAUGCAUUGGAACCACCACCCAAAUUGAUUAGUCCGGUUGUUCGUUGCGGUCGAAAGGCUAAAUAGUAUUUGUGUAUUAUACUUAUACAUACACAGAUUGCAAUUGAUUUUCAAAUUUAAUAAAAGUACUCGCAUUCUACAGAAAGAGAAAAUGGCUUCUGGAGUUACUGUAUCGGAUGUAUGCAAAACAACAUACGAGGAAAUCAAAAAGGAUAAAAAACACCGCUAUGUUAUUUUCUACAUUCGCGAUGAGAAGCAAAUUGAUGUUGAAACUGUUGGUGACCGGAACAGUGAAUACGAUCAGUUUCUAGAAGAUAUCCAGAAGUGCGGACCUGGAGAAUGCCGAUAUGGUCUAUUCGAUUUUGAAUAUAUGCACCAAUGCCAAGGCACGUCAGAGAGCUCAAAGAAACAAAAGUUGUUCCUCAUGUCAUGGUGUCCCGAUACUGCUAAGGUUAAGAAGAAGAUGUUGUACUCGAGCUCCUUUGAUGCUUUGAAGAAAUCAUUGGUCGGCGUCCAAAAGUAUAUACAAGCUACUGAUCUAUCAGAGGCUUCCCGUGAAGCUGUCGAGGAGAAGCUUCGUGCUACUGAUCGUCAAUAGACUGCAGGAACAACACAUAAAUCUCUGUGCAGCGCAUUUUAAAUUACAAAAAUAUUAACAUGCAUGUAUCAGCGAUUUACAAUUUGUAUCCGGUCAAGAUCGCCAAUUUGUAUGAGAAUUUUCUACAUAAUUUGUAUUUUCAGUAUAAAUAAAGAAAAUUAAAAUGA